AUGUCGCCCAGCAUCCUAGAGCCGGCUCCCUGCUCCCUCAACGAUCACAUUGGAAAGACUUCCCAAAAAUCGAAAGUAGCUGAGGCAUCUAUCAUACAAGCUCCUCUCCCAAAUCCUUCAUUACAAGUCACUGCGGACCACAAUCUAAAGCAAGUCGAAGCUCCGGUUUAUGCACCUCAGAAGGGCGAAGUUCUUCUGCAUAUCAAAGCCACUGGGAUCUGCGGUUCAGAUAUACACUUCUGGAAAACCGGUCGUAUAGGGUCUCUUGUUGUCGAAGGAGACUGCAUCUUGGGUCAUGAAGCCGCUGGUGUGGUUCUAGAAGUCGGUGAAGGUGUCACUAACUUGAAACCUGGUGACCGUGUUGCCAUGGAACCUGGGGUCCCCUGUAAUGACUGCUUUCUCUGCUCCGACGGCCGCUAUAAUCUCUGUGAAGACGUUCAAUUCGCGGGCGUAUAUCCCUACCACGGCUCCUUACAACGAUACAAAAUUCAUCCAGCUCGGUGGCUACACAAAUUACCGGAUAAUGUCUCUUACGCCGAAGGUGCCCUCCUUGAACCCCUUUCCGUCGCUAUGCACGGUAUCCGCAUGGCCGGCUUGCCCCUAGGCCGUGGUGCUGUCAUCUGCGGUGCCGGGCCGGUAGGACUAUUAACUCUAGCUGCUGCCAGGGCGUCUGGCGCUCAUCCGAUAGUCAUUACAGAUCUUGAGCCUAGUCGCUUGAAAUUUGCCAAGGAGUUCGUCCCCAGUGUCAUCAUAUAUCAAGUCAAUCGAGAUCUCGAUGCUGAGGGAAAUGCAAAGGCUAUCAGAGCUUUGUUCGGCAAAGAGGAUGAAUAUUUUGCUCCAGAGACUGUACUAGAGUGUACCGGCGUCGAAAGCAGUAUUUGUAUCGCCGCGUAUACGGCUCGCCGUGGUGGGACUGUCAUGGUUAUUGGCGUCGGAAGGUCGAUCAUGAACAACCUCCCAUUUAUGCAUUUGUCCUUGGCGGAGAUUCAGUUGAAAUUUAUAAAUCGUUAUCGGGAUACGUGGGCGCCAGCUAUCCAGUGUCUGGACGGUGGCAUCUUGAAGCAUUUGACAAAACUAGUGUCGCAUACCUUUCCAUUAGAAAAGGCGAGGGACGCAAUGGAGCUGUGUUCUGAUACUCGCAAUGGAAGUAUCAAGGUGAUGGUCGUGGAUGAGAUUGAUGCUACUAUUUCUUGA